AUGAACAACACCAGUCCAGGAGAUGACUCCGCCGGUAACGGGCUCGAGGAGGGAAUGUGCGAGGAUGCGGCGAGCGCGUACGAGAGCGACUCCAGCAUGAUGGACAGCGACGGCGAAGCUGACGACUGCCAGUUGAGCGUGGAACUCGGGCGCGGGGUGAGGGUGGUGCGCGCGGGCGGGCGCGACGCCGACGGCGCGCAGUUCGAGCCGGACGAGGCGGCGCUGGCGGAGCUGCUGCUGCGGCCCGGCGUGGCCUCACGCCCCGUCGCGCUCGUCAGCGUCGCCGGCGCCUUCCGCGGCGGCAAGUCCUUCCUGCUCAACUUCAUGCUGCGCUAUCUGUACGCCGAGGAGAGCGCGCGCGCGGACGGGUCGUGGCUGGGCGCGCCGGGGGAGCCCCUGCGCGGCUUCAGCUGGCGCGCCGGGUGCCAGCGCGACACCUCGGGGCUCGUAGUCUGGUCCCAGCCCUUCCGCGUCACGCUGCCCGACGGACAGAAGGUGGUGGUGCUGCUCAUGGACACACAGGGCAGCUUCGACGACGCGAGCUCGAUGCGUGACUGCUCGUUAAUUUUUGCGCUCUCUACACUACUGUCUUCCGUUCAGGUGUACAACCUCUCGCAGAGGAUCAACGAGAGUGACCUUCAACAUCUUCAGCUGUUCACAGAUCACGCGGCGGCGGGCGGCGGCGCGCUGCAGACGCUGCAGCUGCUCGUGCGCGACUGGAGCGCGCCCGGCGACUUCCCCUACGGCGCGGCCGGCGGCGCCGACUAUCUGCGACACAAGCUGCAGAUGCAGACAGAGCAGCCGCUCGAGCUGCGCGAGGUGCGCGAGCGGCUGUCGAGCAGCUUCGAGCGCGUGGAGUGCUGCUUGCUGCCGUACCCCGGGCUGCGCGCCGCUACUGAUCCCGCCUUCUCCGGCCAGCUCGCCGGUAACAUGACGGAGGAAUUUAAGGCGUCGCUGCUCGAGUUCGUACCGCUGCUUCUGGCGCCGUCGCGGCUGCGCGUGAAGGCUGUGGGCGGGCGCGUGCUGCGCGCGCGCGACCUGGCGCUGCACCUGCGCGCGUACCUCGACACGUUUCGCCACCACGUGCCCUCGCCGAUGAGCAUCGGGCGCGCUAUAGUUGCGGCGCGCUGGCUGGCGGCGGCGGCGGCGGCGCGCGCGCAGCUGCGAGCGCACGCGCCCGCCCGCGCCACGCCGGCGCGCCCCCGCGCCGAGCUGCGCGAGAGCCUGGCCGCCGCCCGCCGCGCCGCCGCCGUCUCCACCGAGCCGCUCGCCGCCCGCUCCGGUGACGAGAAAGGAUUCGCGAACCUCGAAAAGGAGCUCGAUGAACAAGUGGCUCAAUAUAUUGACGAAAACGAGAAGAAGAUAGCGUUAGGAGUGGCCUCGGCCAGAGAGCGGUGGGAGGAGCUGACGGCUGCGCUGCGUUCGCCCGCGCUGUGCGCGACGGAGCGCAACCUGCGUGAGGAUGAGGCGGCCGCGCGCGCCGCCGCCGCUGCGCGCUUUGACGAGAGGGUCGCCGGCCCCGAGGAGCCCGAGCGAGCUCAACUUAUCCAGCAACAAUAA